GCUGCCGGGGUGAAAAUCAUCGCUGUGAAAUGUUGAUUCAGGUCUCAGGGAGGCGAGAAACCAUUGACAGAGUUUUGUGGAUAAAUUUAUGAACGGAGCCGCAGGAACCGGGAGCCUCGCGACUUGUUUUAGCGUCUGAGCAGCUGCGGACGGUAAAACGCUUGGACGCAGAUGGACUCCGGACAGGUGACCGGGGUUUACGCAGAGGUCAGCUGCGUCCCCGCGCCUGUUUCUGCCCGCGUGAGUGAGGAGCAGCAGCCGGAGGUCCGGACAUUCACCGUCACUACAGAGUGGAGUCAGAGUGACCUCGUCCGUGGCUCCAGACUUCGCUACUCGCAGCAGUGGACUCUGAUCACCGACAGCAACGACCGCAAGAACAUCAGGACUGUCCUCCCACCAGGGCCCUGUGCACCUGUGUCUGGAGAGUUACUGAGUGAACUCUCUCCCGUUCGAGGCCAGAGGGCUGUUGUCAGGGAAACAAGUGGCCACCAGCUCCUCGAGAUUUGGGACCACCAUGGCCUCAGGAAAUGUCUCAACCUGACUGCUCUCAACAAACACGGCAGAGUUUACGAUGACGCCCAGUUUGGCUGUCUGUCGUGGUCAGAGUGUGAGAACAAACUGCUCUAUGUUGCUGAGAAGAUGAAGAAUGCAUCAAUAGGAACACACGAGGGGGAAUCUGCAUGCAGAAAG